AUGAAGAAGAUGAGCAACAUUUAUGAAUCAGCUGCCAAUACGCUGGGAAUCUUUAACAGUCCCUGUCUGACAAAAGUUGAGCUGCGGGUAGCCUGCAAAGGUAUUUCUGACAGAGAUGCCCUUUCGAAGCCAGACCCCUGUGUUAUCCUCAAAAUGCAGUCCCAUGGACAGUGGUUUGAGGUGGACCGAACGGAAGUGAUUCGAACCUGCAUCAACCCUGUUUACUCUAAACUGUUCACGGUAGACUUUUACUUUGAGGAAGUGCAGAGGCUGAGGUUCGAAGUCCACGAUAUCAGCAACAACCACAAUGGUCUGAAGGAAGCCGACUUUCUUGGUGGCAUGGAGUGUACUCUCGGACAGAUCGUUUCACAGAGGAAGCUGUCCAAAUCCUUACUGAAGCAUGGAAACACUGCCGGAAAGUCUUCCAUAACGGUGAUUGCUGAGGAGUUAUCCGGUAAUGAUGACUAUGUUGAACUGGCAUUUAAUGCACGGAAAUUGGAUGAUAAGGAUUUCUUCAGUAAGUCUGAUCCAUUUCUGGAAAUCUUCCGCAUGAAUGAUGAUGCUACUCAACAGCUUGUACACAGAACUGAGGUUGUGAUGAAUAACUUAAGCCCAGCUUGGAAAUCAUUCAAAGUCUCUGUAAAUUCUCUGUGCAGUGGGGACCAAGACCGUCGCUUGAAGUGCAUCGUCUGGGACUGGGACUCCAAUGGCAAGCAUGACUUCAUUGGAGAAUUUACCUCGACGUUCAAGGAGAUGAGAGGCGCGAUGGAAGGGAAACAGGUACAGUGGGAGUGCAUAAAUCCAAAGUACAAAGCCAAGAAGAAAAAUUACAAGAACUCGGGCAUGGUUAUUCUGAACUUGUGCAAGAUCCACAAGAUGCAUUCCUUCUUAGAUUACAUCAUGGGCGGAUGCCAAAUCCAGUUUACAGUAGCAAUAGACUUCACUGCAUCCAAUGGGGAUCCCAGGAACAGCUGUUCUCUGCACUAUAUCCAUCCUUACCAACCUAAUGAAUACCUGAAAGCCUUGGUAGCUGUUGGGGAGAUCUGCCAAGACUAUGACAGUGACAAAAUGUUUCCAGCUUUUGGGUUUGGAGCCAGGAUACCUCCAGAAUACACGCUUGAAAACCUCGGUCAGAGCGUCCCUACCAGGAUCAAGAGCCCAGAGCCAAGGAAAGCCAUUUUGCCAUUUGGGGUAUGCAGCAUGGAUGGAAUCCAAGGAGUUGUUGAAGCCUACCAGAGCUGCCUCCCUAAGCUACAACUCUAUGGACCCACCAACAUUGCCCCUAUCAUCCAAAAGGUGGCCAAAUCUGCAUCUGAGGAGACCAACACCAAGGAGGCAUCGCAAUAUUUCAUCCUGUUGAUCCUGACAGACGGUGUGAUCACGGACAUGGCGGACACCAGGGAGGCCAUCGUCCAUGCCUCCCACCUCCCCAUGUCGGUCAUCAUAGUCGGUGUUGGCAACGCCGACUUCAGUGAUAUGCAGAUGCUGGAUGGAGACGACGGGAUCCUGAGGUCCCCGAAGGGAGAGCCCGUCCUUCGAGACAUCGUCCAGUUUGUGCCAUUCCGGAACUUUAAGCAUGCUUCUCCAGCUGCACUUGCAAAGAGUGUUUUGGCAGAAGUUCCAAAUCAAGUCGUGGACUAUUACAAUGGCAAAGGAAUUAAACCAAAAUGUUCCUCAGAAAUGUACGAGUCUUCCAGGACGCUAGCACCAUGA